UAAAAAGGCAAUAAAACAGUCCCAUAGUUCCAUAUACCUAGCUAUCUCAUUGCAUCAUCUAUCCUAUACACCAUAUAAUGAAGAUGAACAAGUCCUACUUCCUCUUCUUCUUAGGUGUGUUAAGCUUAGCUUUGGUACUUAGCAUUGGAGAAGGAUUUGAAUACCAAGAGGAGGAGUUGGAGAGCGAGGAAAGCUUGUGGGGGAUGUACGAGAGGUGGAGGAGCCACCACACUGUUUCCACCAGCCUAGAUGAGAAGCACAAGAGGUUCAAUGUCUUCAAGUCUAACGUUGACUAUGUCCACAACUUCAAUAAGAAGGACAAACCUUACAAGCUCAAGCUCAACAAGUUUGCGGACAUGACGAACCACGAGUUCCGAAGGACGUACGCCGAUGCUAAGAUCAAGCACCACCGGUUGCUACAAGGCGCCUCACGUGCAAGACCGUCGUUCCAAUACGCCAACGUGACUGAUGUCCCGGCCUCCGUCGAUUGGCGCGCCAAAGGAGCAGUCACCAAUGUCAAGGACCAAGGCCAAUGUGGUAGUUGUUGGGCAUUCUCAACGGUUGUAGCAGUUGAAGGCAUAAACCAAAUCAAAACAAACAAAUUAGUCUCUUUGUCAGAGCAAGAGCUCAUUGACUGUGACACACAGGAAAACCAAGGCUGCAAUGGAGGCCUCAUGGAUUCAGCAUUUGACUUCAUCAACAAGCAAGGCGGCCUCUCCACCGAAAAAGUCUACCCUUACAAGGCUGCACAAGGCAGAUGUGAUUCAAGGAAGUUGCACUUGCAAGCUGUAUCGAUCGAUGGGCACGAGGACGUGCCUGCAGGUGAUGAGGACUCACUGCUUAAAGCAGUAGCCAACCAACCUGUUUCUGUAGCCAUAGAAGCCUCAGGUUCUGACUUCCAGUUCUAUUCUGAGGGUGUUUUCAGUGGGGAAUGUGGAAAAGAGCUUGAUCACGGGGUCGCAAUCGUUGGGUAUGGGACAACACAGGACGGAACCAAAUACUGGAUCGUUAGAAACUCGUGGGGAGCUGAAUGGGGAGAGAAGGGAUACAUAAGGAUGCAACGUGGAGUCGAGGACGGGGGACUGUGUGGCAUAGCAAUGCAAGCAUCUUACCCUGUCAAGACCUCUUCCGCCAACCCCAAACACUCAUCUUCUAUUCCUAAGGAUGAGCUGUGAAUGUACAGUUAUGCUAGAAGCAUGUCAUUCAAACCACCCUAACGAAUUAUCUCAAUAUUUGUUUGUAUAUCUAUUGAAUAUUGGUAGCAAGCAUCAUUGUUAUAUAUGCUUGGCAACUAGAUUUAUACCAAUCAAUUACUCAAUGUAUUUGUAGACCCCUGCAUAAUGAUACUAUUACACUGAAGUAAUAAAAUGAAAGGUUUCUACUUUGUGUCACUCAUUCCAC